CUUAACUUAGUUCACACGUAUACUCACUCAUUAAUCUACCUAGUACCUGCUAUACCUACCUUAUAUUGUCUGUUAGUUUCCUCAUCAGUUUGGUGUUUCCAUCUCAACCUCCGAUCCCUUAGAAUCCAUCAUCAUGGGCCGUUCAUGGACUUUGAUCACCCAACUUCAUGCCAUUGCAGGGCCAGCUACUACCUUGCUCUAUCCUCUGUAUGCAUCAGUUGUAGCGAUAGAGAGCACGUCAAAAUUGGACGAUGAGCAGUGGCUUGCUUAUUGGAUUCUCUAUUCUUUCCUUACUCUCUUGGAAAUGGUUUUCCAACCCAUACUUCAAUGGAUACCAAUUUGGUAUGAUGUGAAGUUGGUAUUUGUGGCAUGGCUGGUGCUGCCACAGUUUAGGGGAGCUGCCUUCAUAUACGAGACGUAUGUUAGAGAAAAGGUGAUCAAAAAAUAUGUACCAAAUUUGUUGCAAAGCUCACCAAAUGCAAAGGCCAAAGCCAAAUUUGUGACUUUCGUUUCUCCUAACAAGGGAGGGCAGGAAGCCUACUGACAAUAGAGCGAUAUGAUAAUGUUUGGUGGACCGGCAACUUCGUACUAGGAUCAUAUCAUAUCAUUUUGCCAUUCAAUUCUGCCAUCUUCUUACAUUAACCUGUACCUGUGUAUCACCAUCGUCAUUCACAUAAAAGCUGUAAAAUAUCAGAUCUCUUCUCACUAAUAAAUUCAUGUUCUCCAUUCUUCA